AUGCUAGAUCAAUUCGCUGCUUUGAAAUGGAUUCAUGCCAAUAUCGAGGCCUUCGGUGGUGAUCUGAACCAGAUCACAGUCCAGGGUCAAUCGGCAGGCUCUGCGGCCACCCACCAUAUACUCUACAGCAACUUGACCAAGAGGCUGAUUGUUGGUGCCAUCAUUGAGAGUGGUGUCCGUGACCCCCAUGACCCCCUUUGCACUAGCCUUGCCGAGGCUUAUACUACGCUGGAAGAUGCGCUGGAUGAUGGCAAUAGCUACCUCUCGAAUUUGGGAGUGUCCAGUAUCGCCAAAGCCCGCAACCUCAGCAUGGAGGCAUUGAUUGACGGAGCGACUGGGUCCACUCGCGAAGAUACCAUCAUGUUCGAUGCAGUCCUUGAUUAUUACGCCAUGCCGGAUACCUACCUCAACAUCCUGAAGAAAGGCCUUGCUCACGACGUCCCCGUCAUCACUGGUAACAACAAGAACGAGAACGGCGCUACCUACGGCCUUGAAAUCUCGCUCGCAGAGUACCUUGAGGAUCUCAACGAAACCUACAGUGGGGAGUGGGUUAAGCGUUUCUUUGAUCUCUAUCCGGCCAAUGACUCGAAGACCGCUUCAGGCGCAUACAACUCUAUGUUCACCGACCGCUCCAAGGUGGGCAACUGGCUCUGGACUCAGAUGUGGUACACCGAGAAGAGCAGCCCGGUUUGGAACUACUUCUGGGACCACGCUCCCCCUGGCCAGAGCUCUGGCGCUUAUCACGAGUCGGGAAUCGACUAUGUAUUGAACAAUCUUUAUGCCACCGACAAACCCUGGACUGCCGAUGAUUACGCCAUCGCCAAGAAUAUGAACCACUACUGGGCCAGCUUUAUUAAGACCAGAAACCCCAACACUCAGGCCGAAGGUGCUACCGAGUGGCCUGCAGUAAAUACCUCCAAGCUGGUGCAGCAUGUCGGCGAUGGAUGGGGUCAGAUUCCGAUUGCCUGGAGCAAGAAGGUCAAGCUUUUUGAGGAUUGGUUUGCCACCCUUGUGGCAUACCAAGGUUUGAGAACAAUGCCAAUACGCGUGUUAGGAGGUCAAGUCACCUGGGACGAUAACAUUGACGCAUUUGCGCGAAUGUGA